UAUGUUCAAUAAACAUCCUAAAAUACACAAAAUACUAUAAGACAACUUCGAAAUAUUCCCUGAAAAUUAUUUAGUUUAACCACAAUAAAUGGAUGAAGGUAUUGAAUAAUAUCAUAAAUAUUUGGAAUAAAUUUGCAAUUAGACAAGUAAAGAGGGUAAAUGAUUGAAUAAUUAUGUAGAGAAGAAAACAAAGAAUAAGAAUCCCUGGACUGAUGAAGAAAGAAGAUUAUUUAAAUAAGCAAUAAAAGAAGGAUCAUCAAAAGAUUGGAAAGCUAUGGCAGCAAUCAUAAAAACACGAUCCCCUCCUUAAGUUCGUUCUUACUACUAAAAGUAUAUGAAAAAGAAAAGAUAAAAAUUAAAAUCAGAAAACAAAAAUGAAUGA